CGGGGGCUCGCAGCAGCAGGAGCAGCGGCGCUGGAAUGAACCAAGGACCCCCAACUCCAGCCCAGGCUUCUCAGGAAUCUAUGCAGUAGAGGUGACAGAUUGAAGACUCAGGUCUGCUGCUGGUCCCAACCAUGGCCCGGGUGGCUGCCCCUCGGUGGAUGAUGGUCCUACUGCUGCCCACCCUCGUGUUCCUUGGAUUUGCAGCAGGCACCCAGGCAGAUAGUAAGCCCACUUUCGUGAAGGCUCCUGAGGACCAGACAGGCCUGUCUGGGGGUGUGGCCUCCUUUGUGUGCCAGGCCACGGGCGAGCCCAAGCCCCGAAUCACCUGGAUGAAGAAGGGCAAGAAGGUCAGCUCCCAGCGGUUUGAGGUGAUCGAGUUUGAUGAUGGGGCUGGCUCCGUGCUCCGGAUCCAGCCUCUGCGGGUGCACCGGGACGAGGCCAUUUAUGAGUGCACGGCCACAAACAGCCUGGGCGAGAUCAACAUCAGCGCCAAGCUCACUGUGCUGGACGAGAAUCAGCUGCCUCAUGGCUUCCCCACCAUUGACAUGGGGCCCCAGCUGAAAGUGGUGGAGAAGGCCAGGACAGCUACCAUGCUGUGUGCUGCUGGGGGCAACCCUGACCCUGAGAUCUCUUGGUUCAAGGACUUCCUGCCUGUGGACCCAGCUGCUAGCAAUGGCCGCAUCAAGCAGCUCCGCUCAGGAGCUCUGCAGAUCGAAAACAGUGAGGAAUCGGACCAGGGCAAGUACGAGUGUGUGGCCACCAACUCUGCUGGCACUCGCUAUUCGGCCCCUGCAAAUCUCUACGUGCGAGAUCAGCGAGAAGUGCGCCGGGUGGCUCCCCGUUUCUCCAUCCCCCCCAGUAACCAUGAGGUGAUGCCCGGGGGCAGCGUGAACCUGACCUGCGUAGCAGUGGGCGCACCCAUGCCCUAUGUCAAGUGGAUGGCCGGGGCCGAGGAGCUUACCCGGGAAGAUGAGAUGCCCGUCGGCCGGAAUGUUCUGGAACUCACCAACAUUGUUCAGUCGGCCAACUACACUUGUGUGGCUAUCUCCUCCCUGGGUCUGAUUGAAGCCACCGCCCAGAUCACUGUCAAAGCAUUGCCCAGGCCUCCCAUCGAGCUGGUGGUGACAGAGACCACGGCUACGAGUGUGACCCUGACCUGGGACUCAGGGAACGCAGAGCCCGUGUCCUACUAUGGUAUCCAGUACCGGCCGACAGCCGGGGACAGCACGUUCCAGGAGGUGGACGGCGUGGCCACCACACGCUACAGCAUCGGCGGCCUCAGCCCUUUCUCAGAGUACGAGUUCCGUGUGCUGGCCGUGAACAAUAUAGGGCGUGGGCCACCCAGCGAGCUGGUGAUGGCCCGUACCGGGGAGCAGGCACCUUCCAGCCCACCGCUGCGUGUGCAGGCCCGCAUGUUGAGUGCAAGCACCAUGCUCGUGCAGUGGGAGCCCCCCGACGAGCCCAAUGGUCUGGUGCGCGGCUACCGCGUCUACUACACUCCAGAUGCCCUGCUGCCCCUCAGCUCCUGGCACAAACACAACACGGACGACAGCCACCUCACCACCGUGGGCAGCCUGGUGACUGGCAUCACCUACAGCAUCCGCGUGCUGGCCUUCACUGCUGUCGGUGACGGGCCGCCCUCACCCCCAAUCCAGGUUAAGACGCAGCAGGGAGUGCCGGCCCAGCCUGCAGACUUCCAAGCCGAAGCUGAGUCAGAUACCAGGGUCCUGCUCUCGUGGCUGCUGCCUCCCCAGGAGCGAAUCACCAAGUAUGAGCUGCUGUACUGGGAAGGAGAAGACGGACCCCAGCAAAAAGUGACCUUUGACCCCACUUCAUCCUAUGUCCUGGAGGACCUGAAGCCAGACACCCUGUACCGCUUUCAGCUGGCUGCCCGCUCAGACCUGGGUGUUGGGGUGUUCACACCCCCCAUUGAGACACGCACACAGCAGUCCACCCCCUCUGCCCCUCCCCAGGACGUCCGGUGCGUCAGUACCAGCUCCACCACAGUCUGGGUAAGUUGGGUCCCGCCUCCGGCUGCCAGCCGCAAUGGUGUCAUCACCCAGUACUCCAUCGCCUACCAGGCGGUGGAUGGCGAGGACACUGCCCGACACGUGGUGGACGGCAUUGGACCAGACAGCUCCAGCCGGGAGAUCCAGGACCUGGAGAAGUGGACAGAAUACAGGGUGUGGGUGCGGGCCCACACGGAUGUAGGGCCGGGCCCCGAGAGCCCCCCGGUGCUGGUGCGCACCGAUGAGGACGUGCCCAGUGCGCCUCCCAGGAAGGUGGAGGUGGAGUCAGUGAACUCAACUGCCGUGCAUGUGUCCUGGAAGCUGCCGGUGUCCAGCAAACAGCAUGGCCAGAUCCGUGGCUACCAGGUCACCUACGUGCGGCUCGAGAACAGUGAGCCUCGCGGGCAGCCGGUUAUCAAGGACGUGAUGCUUGCCGAAGCCCAGUGGCAGCCGGAGGAGUCAGAGGACUAUGAAACCACCAUUGGAGGUCUAACCCCAGAAACCACCUAUUCCAUCACCGUCGCUGCCUACACAACCAAAGGAGAUGGGGCCCGCAGCAAGCCCAAGAUUGUCACCACCACGGGAGCAGUCCCAGGCCGGCCUACCAUGAUGGUCAGCACCACAGCCAUGAACACCGCCCUCCUCCAGUGGCACCCGCCCAAGGAUGUGCCGGGCGAGCUGCUGGGCUACCGGCUGCAGUACCAGCGGGCAGAUGAGGAGAAGCCCACCACGGUGGCCUUUGGCCAAGAGGACCACCACUUCACCGUGACCGGCCUCCACAAGGGUGCCACGUACAUUUUCCGCCUGUCAGCCAAGAACCGAGCAGGCCCCGGCGAGGCAUCUGAGAAGGAGGUCACCACCCCUGAAGAUGCACCCAGCGGCUUUCCACAGAACCUGCAGGUGGUCGGGCUGACCACGUCGACCACAGACCUGCAGUGGGACCCCCCUGUGCUGGCCGAGCGGAACGGGCACAUCACUAACUACACUGUGGUGUAUCGGGACAUCAACAGCCAGCAGGAGCAGCAGAGUGUCACCGAUAGCACCCACCUCACCCUCACCGGCCUCCUGCCUGACACCACCUAUGACGUUAAGGUCCGCGCCCACACCAGCCGCGGUCCGGGGCCACUCAGCCCCAGCAUCCAGUCGCGGACCAUGCCAAUGGAGCAAGUGUUCGCCAAGAAUUUCCGGGUCAAUGCCGUGAUGAAGACAUCGGUGCUGCUUAGCUGGGAAGUCCCUGACUCCUACAAGUCUUCAGUGCCAUUCAAGAUCCUUUAUAAUGGACAGAGUGUGGAGGUGGACGGUCACUCCAUGAAGAAGCUGAUCCGGGACUUGCAGCCCAACACCGAGUAUUCAUUUGUGCUGAUGAGUCGCGGGAGCAGUGCUGGUGGCCUGCAGCACCUGGUGUCCAUCCGCACGGCCCCUGACCUCCUACUGCAGAAGCCCCUGCCCAUGGCCAAGUAUAUGGAGGAUGGCCGUUUUACUCUGAUGCUCCCCAGAGUAGAGACCAAGUCAGCCAUCAGGUGGUUCUACAUCGUAGUGGUGCCCAUAGACCGUCUGGCUAGCGGACCCCUCAGCCCGCGUUGGCAGACACCAGAUGAGCUUGAGCUGGAUCAGCUGCUAGAGGCCAUUGGCCAGGGAAGUGCUACAGCACGGCGGCGGAGGCAGAUAGAGCGGUUGAAACCCUAUGUGGCAGCUCAGGUGGAUGAGCUUCCUGAGACCUUCACCCUUGGAGACAAGAAGAAUUACAAUGGCUUCUACAAUCGGCCUCUGUCCCCAGACCUCAGCUACCACUGCUUCGUGCUGGCUGCGCUGGAGGCGGGGGACACGCGGCAGUACGCAGCCAGCCCCUACUCCGACGAGAUCCUUGUGGAAGUGUCCUCGGCAAAGCAGCAGGACGAGCCCGAGAUGCUGUGGGUCAUGGGCCCCGUUCUGGCCGUCAUCCUCAUCGUCCUCAUCGUCAUCGCUAUCCUCCUCUUCAAGAGGAAAAGGACUAACUCUCCUUCAGCCAAGGAUGAGCAGUCCGUGGGGCUGAAGGACUCGCUGCUGGCUCACUCCUCAGACCCUGUGGAAAUGAGAAGACUCAACUACCAGACCCCAGGUUCCAGUGUCCCCAGUUGCCCGAACAUCUCAAGCAUGCGGGACCAUCCGCCCAUCCCCAUAACAGACCUGGCCGACAACAUUGAGCGGCUCAAGGCCAACGAUGGCCUGAAGUUCUCCCAGGAGUAUGAGUCCAUUGACCCUGGACAGCAGUUCACCUGGGAGAACUCAAACUUGGAGGUCAACAAACCCAAGAACCGCUACGCCAACGUGAUCGCCUACGACCACUCCCGCGUCAUCCUCACAUCCAUCGAUGGGGUCCCUGGCAGCGACUACAUCAAUGCCAACUACAUUGAUGGUUACCGCAAGCAGAACGCCUACAUUGCCACCCAGGGGCCCCUGCCCGAGACCCUGGGUGACUUCUGGCGCAUGGUGUGGGAGCAGCGGACGGCCACCAUCGUCAUGAUGACACGGCUGGAGGAGAAGUCCCGGGUGAAGUGUGAUCAGUACUGGCCAAGCCGGGGCACCGAGACCUACGGGUUUGUCCAGGUGACGCUGCUGGACACUGUGGAGCUGGCCACCUACACCGUCCGCACCUUCGCCCUCUACAAGACUGGCUCCAGUGAGAAGCGGGAGCUUCGUCAGUUCCAGUUCCUGGCCUGGCCUGACCAUGGGGUCCCUGAGUACCCAACCCCCACCCUGGCCUUCCUGCGCAGGGUCAAGGCCUGCAACCCCCUGGAUGCUGGGCCCAUGGUGGUGCACUGCAGUGCUGGUGUGGGCCGCACGGGCUGCUUCAUCGUCACGGAUGCCAUGCUGGAGCGCAUGAAGCACGAGAAGACCGUGGACAUCUACGGGCACGUGACAUGCAUGCGCUCACAGCGCAACUACAUGGUACAGACGGAAGACCAGUACGUCUUCAUCCAUGAGGCCCUCCUGGAGGCGGCCACGUGUGGCCACACAGAGGUGCCGGCCCGAAACCUCUACGCCCACAUCCAGAAGCUGGGCCAGGUGCCACCCGGGGAGAGCGUGACUGCCAUGGAGCUGGAGUUCAAGCUAUUGGCAAGCUCCAAGGCCCACACGUCGCGAUUCAUCAGCGCCAACCUUCCCUGCAACAAGUUCAAGAACCGGCUGGUGAAUAUCAUGCCAUAUGAGCUGACCCGUGUCUGCCUGCAGCCCAUCCGCGGUGUGGAGGGCUCAGACUACAUCAACGCCAGCUUCAUCGACGGAUACAGGCAGCAGAAAGCCUACAUCGCCACGCAGGGGCCGCUGGCCGAGAGCACAGAGGACUUCUGGAGAAUGCUCUGGGAACACAACUCAACCAUUGUGGUGAUGCUGACCAAGCUUCGGGAGAUGGGGCGGGAAAAAUGCCAUCAGUAUUGGCCCGCUGAACGCUCCGCUCGCUACCAGUAUUUUGUGGUGGACCCAAUGGCCGAGUACAACAUGCCCCAGUACAUCCUACGAGAGUUCAAAGUCACAGAUGCCAGGGAUGGCCAAUCAAGGACAAUCCGCCAGUUCCAGUUCACAGACUGGCCAGAGCAGGGUGUGCCCAAGACUGGCGAGGGCUUCAUCGACUUCAUCGGGCAGGUGCACAAAACCAAGGAGCAGUUUGGCCAGGACGGGCCUAUCACCGUGCACUGCAGUGCCGGGGUCGGCCGCACGGGCGUCUUUAUCACGCUGAGCAUCGUCUUGGAGCGAAUGCGCUACGAGGGUGUGGUGGACAUGUUCCAGACCGUGAAGACCCUUCGCACACAGAGACCCGCCAUGGUGCAGACAGAGGACCAGUACCAACUGUGUUACCGAGCGGCGCUGGAGUACCUGGGCAGCUUCGAUCACUAUGCAACGUAACCUCCGCUCACCCUCUCAGUCCUCGUCCUCACCCUCAUCCCCAUCCCGUCCUGGGGCCCGGCAGGGGCGUUGGGAGCCGCCUGCUGAGCCACGGAGACCGUGGCCCUGCCCAGCGGCGGCCCAGGACCUUCCCCCCAAACCCCAGAGCCAAAUGUGUCUGGGGGGGGCGGCUGCCGCCCCCACGUUCCUCAUGCUGCUUCUCCCUGGGCUGGGGGCGGGUGGGCGGAGCCACCUUUUUGUACUCAGUAGGGGUAGCCGGGUGGGUUUUGUAACCUCUUCUGAUUUCCCUUCUUGGUGGACGGUGAAAGGGUCCACGCUCCGGGAUUGGCUGGGGACUUUCUCACUUUCUGAUCCUUUUCUUUGUGUUUACUCUCACGAUACAAAUAAACAGAAGAUGCCUUUCCUCCUGGGGAGCCGCCCCACACCCAGGGUCCGCCGGGGCGGCCGGGCAGGGGCUGCUACCGCUUCGGGAGAAGCUCUGGUUCCCUGCAGCUGCGGGGAACCGCCACUCAUUUUGUUGUUUUCUUCCUUUGGUUUUCCUUAAAGGCCUUUUUUUAGGUGCCACAGCUGUUGGGGGGAGGGGAGGGAGGGCAGGAGGGGGGACCUGGGGGAGAAGGGAAAUACUCCGCUCCAAUCAUCUAUUCCAAUGCGUGUUUAAAAUUACAGCCUGGUACUGAUGAAGCGUCUGGGGAGACCCUGAGAGGGCGCUUCCCUCACCCCGUGUUCCCUCCCUCCUAGCAGCCGGAGGCGGGGAAGGCAGGAGCUGGGGGGCCGCCUCCUGUCGCUGCCGCCUGCUGCCCUGUGCUCGGCGGGCAGUGGGGCACAUACAGGGAAGAGCACAAUCCAGAUCCCAGCCCCGACGCCUGCCCGGGGGAAGCACACUUUCACCACACAGGACGAGGGCGUCCCAGAGACCCCGGCGUCCUGCACCAACCUGUAGCUGUUUAAUAGGAAUUCAUCAUCACAGCCAACGUUCGACUUCAGGGUGUCCUCAUGAACCAAUGUGGCCAGACUACUGGACUCGGUGUACCUAGUCGCAUCCCCCUCCCCCUCUCCCGCCUCCUCCUCACUCAGGGGAGCACCCUGGGCCUGCCUGGCCAGUGGGGGGUGGGGGUGGCAAAGCCACGCCCCCUGACCCCGGCACUCAGGGUCACUCUGUCGGAGGAGACCAAUGUUCAUUUCUGCCUUGUGGGUGUCGUGCUGUUGGGUGGGUGCGCGCUGUACGCCACGCGUCUGUUUUCUACUUGUUAUGAGACUGCAGCGUCAUUGCAUAAUUCUGGAUGUUAAUAAAUUUGAAUAAUCGGGUUUCAUACA